CCUAAAGUUGAACAAGUUUCCUGGGAGAAGGAUUCUACGGAACUGUGCACAUGACCUACGAGCUCUAUGGAAUGCGCUAUAAGGUAUCUGUGUAUUGAAUCUGCACCUUUCACGUUUGGAAAUUUAUAGAGAAAUUAUAUGCAUCUAAAAAAGUCAUAAAUAGCCUACUCACCAAGAACCUAACAACAGAACCUUAAUCACAUGAAAUGCCUAAAGUUGAACAAGUUUCCUGGGAGAAGGAUUCUACGGAACUGUGCACAUGACCUACGAGCUCUAUGGAAUGCACUAUAAGGUCUCUGUGUAUUGAAUCUGCACCUUUCACGUUUGGAAAUUUGCGCAACUUUGGGCAAAUCUAAUGAUAAGGCGUUCACUGAAGUUGCUCCUUCAUCUUCUGAACAUCUUGCCCGUCGACUGGUUUUUUCCUCUUCUUAUCGUUCUUCAGAUGUUUUUAGACCAGGGGUCGUGCUGUACAAAAACAAAAUUAGAUUCUCAAAUAAUGAUUCAGCUGAAACCUUUUAAGUUCAUAGUUUCCAACAGGAGGAAGGAAAAAAAGCUGGGUUGCUACUGUGAAGAUAGAUAUCCCAUAAAAGGCGAAGUAUAUGGAGGCUCAGUAAUCAGAUACAUUUUAAGGCUGAUUCUGUAGCGCUGGAUUUUCUAUUCCAUUCGGUAAACUCACAUUUCUAGGUUAAAAAAUGAGCAGAUAUAUUUUAAGGCUGAUUCUGUAGCACUGGAUUUUCUAUUACAUUGGUAAGCUCACAUUUCUAGGUUGAAAAAUGAGCAUUUCCUAGUGUAGAUUUUAGGGUUGUACUGCACGUAUUAAUUAGUCUUUGUUGUAAAAUUUGUCCUUUUUUCUGCUUAAAUAUAAAAUGAUAGGUUCAAGUGGUAUCUUUGAUAAUGCUAUAUUUGGAAACCAGGCCUCUUUAUUGUAAAAUUGGACUAUCAGAUUUGGCUGGAAAGAUUUCAGUCUUUUGCGUAGUCAUAAAAAUUGUUUGCCUACACAAAAUUUGGUAGUUUGGCUGUCUGAUUACCAAUGGGUGUGUAUAUUUGGUAAAAGGUGUUUAAGAAUGGGAGUGAAGGAAAGCCCCCAAUUCCAUUUCUCGCAAUAUUGAUCACGUCCAUUUAUACCACAAAGAAAUGAUGCCUUUUUUUGAUAUAAGUUAGGCUUUAGAAGGUUUAACUGGAGAAGUAUGGAUGGCUGGUCCUUAGUUUUGGAUCUUGCCAUAGUUCUGCUCCAAUAUUAAUGUUGUGACUUCUGAUGACUGCAUUGUACGAGCUCUGCCAUGCAGACAGAUACGGGUCAUACAACCAUGUUAAAUUUAAUAGUCCAUCAUAUUUGACAGAUACAAUGAAUGUAUA